AGGAGGAGUCUGUCCCAGCCCGCAUCUGGCCCGCUCCCCUCUCUGUCACCCCGGGACAAACCCGCCCAGCUCCUCACACUCACUCUCCGCCUGUUGUCCCGCACUGCUCGGCCCGGACUACACACGCCCCGCGCUCCCUCACACACACUCACACACACUCCCUCACACACACUCACACACACUCACUCACACUCAGCGAGGAACCGGAAUGGAGACGGAAGGGAGCCAGAGCAGCCUGUCCACCACGGACUCCCCUCACGACCCCUGCAAGAUGUUCAUCGGUGGACUCAGCUGGCAAACAACACAAGAGGGUCUGAAGGAGUACUUCUGCAAGUACGGCGAGGUGAAGGAGUGUAUGGUGAUGCGAGAUCCGGUUACCAAGCGCUCGAGAGGGUUCGGAUUCGUCACCUUUGUUGAUCAGGCCGGCGUGGAUAAAGUUUUGGCCCAAACCAGGCACGAGUUGGACUCCAAAACAAUCGAUCCCAAGGUGGCGUUCCCUCGCCGAGCUCAGCCCAAGUUGGUGACUCGGACCAAGAAGAUCUUUGUCGGAGGCCUGUCAGUGAACACAACCAUCGAGGACGUCAAGCAGUACUUUGACCAGUUUGGGAAGGUCGACGAUGCCAUGCUCAUGUUCGACAAGACCACCAACAGACACAGAGGGUUCGGCUUUGUGACGUUCGAGAACGAGGACGUGGUGGAGAAAGUCUGCGAGAUCCACUUCCACGAGAUCAACAACAAAAUGGUGGAGUGCAAGAAAGCUCAGCCCAAGGAGGUGAUGUCCCCCACGGGCUCGGCCAGGGGACGCUCUCGGGUGAUGCCCUAUGGGAUGGACGCCUUCAUGCUGGGCAUUGGUAUGCUGGGAUAUCCCGGCUUCCAAACAGCCACCUACACCAGCCGGAGCUACGCUGGCCUCACCCCUGGAUACACCUACCAGUUCCCCGAGUUCCACUUAGAGAGGACUCCCCUUCUGACUUCACCCCAUCCCCCUGAGCUCACAGCCAUUCCUCUCACAGCAUAUGGACCAAUGGCAGCAGCAGCGGCAGCAGCAGCAGUAGUGAGAGGCUCUACUCCGUCUCGCUCAGCUGGAUUUCUAGGUACAAGCAGCCCGGGGCCGAUGGCAGACCUGUACGGAGCCGCCAGCCAGGAGUCGGCCGUGAGCAGUUACCUCAGCGCUGCGAGCCCCGCCCCCAGCACUGGAUUCAGCCAUAGUUUGGGGGGCCCUUUGAUCGCCACGGCCUUCACCAACGGAUAUCACUGAGAGAGUGGAGCUGUAGACCGAGAGCUGGAAGGAGUUGACGCUGCUUCGGAGCUGAUCUGGCCUGUCCAGUCCACCUCUCCGGCUGGGGGCGGCUGGACCCUCAACCACCACCCCCCCCCCCACCCCCCACCCACCCCUCCCCCCGACCUGGUGUCAGCCUGAACCCAGCCGACCCUGCUGACGCCUCACUAAACUCCACCUCCUCACAAAAAAACUAAAAAAAAAAACCAAGAGAGAGGAAAAAAUGUUUAUCACAUGUAAUAGCGGCACACAGAUGCUGAGUUUUUAGAGUUUGUUUUUUUUCCUGUUGUUAUGUUUCACCCUGCUGUUGUUGUUGUUGUUGUUGUUGUUGUUUUUUUUUCUUAUGGUUGCGUUUCUUUGUCUGUUUUGGCUGUAUUUCGCCGGGCUGUUUUUUUUAAAAAACUUUUGACCUUGCGUCUCUCUGUGAUGAGAGGAGUUGAAUCUCCAGGUGAAGCCCCGUUUGAAGGUCGAGAGCUGUCAUUUGUACCGGAAAGAUAUGUAUAUUUGUCUAGUUGUCUAUACUAGUUCAUACUGAAUUUUAACGAAAAACAUUUGCGAUUGAUGCUAUUUCUUUGAGAACGUGUCACAAAGUGUAUAUCUCGGUAGGUUAUUAACAAAGACUUGUUACACUAAUAAUGUUGGGACAGAGGUCAUUAGUCACCGUUGCAUACUAUGCCUACAUGAGCUGUACAAUUUUGUAAAUUAUUGUAAAUAUGACUGGUUUCUGGGGGGAUUAGAAGGUGUGUGUGUGUGUGUGGGCGGGGUGGAGGGCAGUUAAAUCGUGUGUGUGUGGGAGGCUUUGGAGAAAUGUGUUGGAAAGCUUGACUGUUACGAAUCAUAGUUUCACGUGGAGGUCGCGGACAUCUCAGUGUGUCCGUCGGUAUAAGACCAGCCAUAUGGUGUGUUUCUCUUUCAGGCAUUUUAUGAAUGAUGUGUCAUUUGAGUCUGUCGAUUGCUCCGAGUCCAGCGGGAGGGAGAGGCUGAGUCUGGAACAACACUUUAUACUUUUGGACUUUUUGGGGGAUAUAUGGGGUUGUGAGAACUUGUUCUCUAUCAGGGGAGAGAGAAAAAAACAUUGCUGUUUUCUGACUUGGUCACGAUGUUCUUUUAACUGUGAUUUGUGAAUAUGCGACGAUUGUUUGUGAAGGAAAAUGAAGGACUGGUGUGAAGGAGCAGUCAUAGGCGGCAGACGUGUCUGUGACUGAGCCGCUCUGCAGGUUGUGUUGACGUGUGCGUGAGCUUCUCACGUGGUUUCAUACACAUUGGUUUCCAAUGUGCUGGGGGGGGGGGGGGCUAGUACCUCAGUUGCAAAUGUGAAAUAUUAAUCUGACUUUUUUUUAUUAUUACAUUAACAUCUGUGUCAAAGUGUGGAUGGUUGAAGGUGGCUUUUCUAACAUGAAGGGGGGGGGGGGGGGGUUCUUAUUAACUCUUGUUUACCUGUCACCCUCCAUCCAUCACUGCAAAUCCACUGGAGGUCACAGAUUGUAGCAAUGUGACAACUAUUUUUUUUUAUAGACCAAAACAGUUAUGUUCAGAGCUACUAGGACGUUGCACUGGCCGAUCACAAUUAAAUGUUUCUCUUUUUUUUUUUUUUUCAUCUUAGCCGAAGAACAAAGCACUCGAUCUGCAUGAUAACAAGAUGCCAGGAUUUACGUUUUGAUAUACGCGCGCCCGCCCGCCCACACCGCUGCGGGUCACACCAUGCUAAGUUCAUUCUUUGACUCUGUUUUCACUGAAAAAUAACAAUCUUGUCAACACUGUAACUUUUUAUUUUUUCUGAUUUUCUUUUUCCUGUCAUGUUUAUUCCUUUGGGAAAAAAAAAACCUUUUUAAAAUUCCUAAUAAAUUAUUU